CUUACCUAAAUAUACCCCGUGUGUCUCAAAUUUUUUUUUAGAUGUUUAGUUAAAUCAGAUCUAAUCCGUGAUACCAAAAAUUUCUUAAGACUGCAAUUACAAGCAAUAUAUAUUCAUAAUCCCCUCACCCCCAUUUUGAUCUCCAGGAAACGAGAAAGAUGAGUAUGGUGAUAUCUUUGUUUGAUAAGUUUCUGUUUCCACCACCACCAUCAAUGUUCAUAACAACCAUGUCUGUAAUCAGUUUAGUAUCCCUAGCAAACUCUGGGUUGUCGGAGUUAAGAGGAAAACAUCUUGGAUACUCAAAAUUCUGGAAUGCUGAUAGUCAGAAUAAACCUGUAAAGAAAGAAAGCACUAAGCUCUCUAGUAGAACAGGAAUGCUUCUUCUCUAUACACCUGCUUUUCUGGCCGGUGCUAUCUCUUUCUGGCUAUGCCCUAAUCAUGAUUUCAGAUUCUUGUUGGUCAAUUCCGCUGUUACCUUCCAUUUCUUUAAAAGGGUUUUUGAGGUUUUGUUUGUUCACAAAUACAGUGGAGGGAUGGUGCUUGACUCGGCAAUUGUGAUCUCUCUGAGUUACACUCUAUCAGCAGUAAGCAUGAUUUACAACCAGCACUUGAUGCAAGGUAUUCCAGACCCUCAAAUUGAUCUAAAACUUGUGGGAGGUGCGGUGUUUUUGGUGGGGAUUGUUGGAAACUUUUACCACCAUUGCAUUCUUUCAAAUCUAAGGGGAAAGAGUGAUAAAGGGUAUAAGAUUCCUACAGGGGGUCUCUUUGGACUUGUGAUUUGCCCUCACUAUCUGUUUGAAAUUCUAAUAUUUGUGGGGAUUUCAUUGAUGUCUCAGACAUUGUACCCAAUCGCUUUCACCGCUGGAACCGCAUGUUAUUUGACAGGAAGGAGUUAUGCUACUAGGAAAUGGUACCUUUCUAAGUUUGAAAACUUUCCUAAGCAUAUCAAGGCUCUUGUACCUUUUGUUUUUUAGAUGCAAAACUCUGAGGUGUUAUAUGUAGCGAAUGACAGUGAUAAGCUUAGCUCUACUAAGUUCUUCUGGUGAUAUAUUGAAAUGUCUCUUUGGUAAGUUCA